AUGGGAAAAGUGACACAGCUUUUGCUGCAUCCUGUAGAGUUGAAGGCCGCCUUGAAGCUAAAAUUUAUUAGAAAGCCGUUAUAUUCUCUAGAGGAUACUAAAGAAACCCCCGAAUUGAAGAGAUGCUACCAAUUGCUAACUAAGACGUCACGUUCGUUUGCCGCUGUUAUAAUGGAAUUGCAUCCCGAGUUGCGCAACGCCAUCAUGCUAUUCUACCUUAUCCUAAGAGCCCUGGACACUGUCGAAGACGAUAUGACAAUAGACUCGCAAGUCAAAGUACCACUUUUGCGUGAGUUCGACUCCAAGCUAGAUCUCGAGGACUGGUCGUUCGACGGAAAUGCGCCAACGGAAAAGGACCGUUGUGUGUUGGUGGAGUUUCCUUGCAUUUUGAAGGAAUUACACAAGUUGAAGCCAGAAUAUCAAAAAGUCAUCAAGGAAAUCACCCACAAGAUGGGAAAUGGUAUGGCUUCGUACAUUCUGGAUGAAAACUUUAAUUUGAAUGGUGUUUCGACGAUCAAGGACUACAACCUUUAUUGCCAUUACGUCGCGGGACUUGUUGGCGACGGGCUAACGCAACUGAUCGUGCUCGCAAAUUUCGGUAGCCAAGAUCUGUACACUGAGUCUGCGCAAACAUUCGAGAGCAUGGGUUUGUUUUUGCAAAAAACAAACAUCAUCAGAGAUUAUGCCGAGGAUUUAGAAGAUGGUCGUUCAUUUUGGCCUCAGGAAAUCUGGUCACUUUACGCCAACAAGCUGGUCGAUUUUUCAAAGCCUGAACAUACCCAAGCAGGUGUUCAUUGUAUAAAUCAUCUGGUGCUGAACGCCUUGGGCCAUAUUGAAGACGUUCUACUCUUUUUGAGUUCCGUACACGAACAAUCGUCAUUCCAGUUUUGUGCCAUUCCCCAAGUGAUGGCUAUUGCUACCUUGGCCAUGGUCUUCAACAACCCAGUAGUGCUACACGAGAAUGUGAAAAUCAGAAAGGGCACCACUUGCUACUUGAUCUUGAAAUCCAGAACUUUGCGCGGUUGCGUGGAAAUUUUCCAAUACUACCUGCGUGACAUCAAGAAACGCUUGCCCGUGGACGACCCCAAUUAUCUAAAGAUAAACAUCAAGAUUGGCAAAAUAGAACAAUACAUCGAGGAGAUGUACCAAGAGCAAUUGCCCGCGGGAGUCGCACCUAAGGAGACUACUAUCUACAAAAAGGUGCAACAAAGGAGCACUUAUGACGCUAAAGUCGCUCCAAAGCAAACGGAUGAGGAGUACCAAUUUAACAUGGCCCUUACAAUGGUCUUGACCUUGGCAGCUGCCAUCGUCUUUUAUGUGAAGUAG